AUGUAUUGGCCCAAUGGAGUGCCCCGGGUCUACGCGGUAAAUGGCCCUGGUAUACGACAUUUCUCCCCCGACGUCGAUCGCGAUGGAGUCGAAAGCCCUCCAGGGGAGCUGAGAAGCUCUGCCAACUCCUCAAUUUAUACUGAGAAAAGUAACGGUUCGGAAGACCAAAGUCAGGAGCCGAAGACACCACCCUUGGACAAGGCCGAUGCUCCGAACUGGGAACAGGAAGCUAUCAAAGGCCUCUGCGUCUCUCGCUCUGGCCAUAUAUUCGCGACCAUAACUGAAUCAUCCAUAUCUCUAUGGCAAACCAGACCCACCGCAGUAGUAGCUGCUAUAACUCGGUCUUCAUACUCUCUCAAAACAUACGGCACCAAUGUGGCACUUCUCAUGCAUCCAGACUCCACAAUUCUUAUCGUACAGACCCUCAAUGGAUACCUCCUCACGUAUGCAGUGGCAUCGGACCCAGCCACACGAGUCUACCAACAACGAUUUGACCACACCACACACCCUCGUCGUCAGCAAUUAGCGCGUUUUUCUGCGGUCGAAGAAGCGAAUGUGGUUGGAGAUAUAAGCAUCAGGUUUCGAAUGGCUAUUAAGAUUGAAUCUGGGAUUGUCAAGGCGCUGGCGCUGGACCAGGAACUUGUUGUUGCUACUGUCAAGCCCCCAGCGGUACAGUGCAUUCGAUGGGCACCUGAAGCUAGUAGCACGCAGGCGACCUCGGAGAUGUUGAGCCGCAUACUGAAUGUGCCAAAAAAGGUGUCCAUCAUCGACAUGGUUUAUGAUCGUGCCAUGAAUCUCUUGAUUUGGUUGACCAGCAAUGGUCAGGCAUAUGCAGUACAACGAGUUUCGGAGACGCAGGAUGACUCUGAUGGACAUAAAAAGCUUUUUCAUGGCCAUUGCUUCCAUGAUCCUAACAAUGAUGGCGAGAAGGCAGUCAAAGUUGCUGUAAAUGCACGAUUUUCAUUGUUAACGAUUAAUUGUGCCAACGGGGAGAUUCUUGUUUACACAGCCAAAGACUACAUGGGCAAUGUACCUCUGUCUCAAAAGCUACAUCUACCCGCGUCGCCCACUACCACUGGAGCCUUGACUUUCAUGAACUACUCACCAGAUGGAUACUGUCUCUUCGCUGGGUAUGAAAAUGGGUGGACGACAUGGAGCGUUUUUGGAAAACCCGGUGGGAACAGUUUCUCUGUUGACUCUACUCUGGCGACCUCAAAUGGCGAAACUUGGCUGACAGGCGUCUCGAGUGGUUGCUGGAUCGGUGGUGGAUCUGACAUCAUUCUGUCGGGAUACCGUGAUCGACGUCUCUGGAUCCUGGAGACAGCUCGCAGUGCCUUGACUGGUUGCUUUUCAGCUGCAAAUCUCGCCAGAGGCUUACUUCAGACUGGAACGGAGUUCAUUCUGUACCGUGGACACGAUCUGCCCGACCUGAUGACCAUUUCGGGCAAAGACUCGCUGUGGCACCAUGCGCAGUAUCCUCCCGCCUAUCUCCAUUCACAAUGGCCUAUUAAAUCCUGCGUCGUAUCCCAAGAUGGCAGAUACGUCGCGAUUGCGGGUCGCCGAGGAUUGGCGCAUUAUAGCGUUAGUAGUGGCCGUUGGAAGGUCUUUGAGGACUCUAAAAUGGAGAACUCAUUCGCUGUUAGAGGGGGGAUGUGCUGGUAUGGGCAUAUCUUGAUCGCAGCUGUAGAGAGUGAUGGGUCAUACGAGCUUCGCUUGUACUCUCGUGAGGAUAUGCUUACCAACAAUUCUAUUAUGCAUAUCGAAUUUCUUCCAUCACCAGUGGUCUUCAUAGGCCCAUCUGGAGAAGACUCUUUGCUGGUGUACACUUACGAUAACAUUCUGUAUCACUAUAUCAUCAACUCCACUCAACCUCAGAUCACGCUUGUUCCUGUUGGGCAAAUUGCUUUUAACGGGAUUGUGAGAGCACCUACCCGUGUCCGAGCAAUUAGUUGGGUCUUGCCUGAGGAACAGAUGCGCAAUGGUGAUCCGUCACAAGACGUCAAGGUAGCAUCGGUGUUACUUUUGGUUGAUGGUAAUCUCGUUCUAUUGCAGCCGACAGUCACGGACAAUGGUGAUCUCAAAUACGACAUGCGCGUCAUAUCUCAUGAUGUUGAAUACUACAUUCUGAUGCGCGACCAGCUUUCUUUCAAUUUUGCCCCUCAGAACGAUGGAUCCCUGCCCGCAAGUCCAUCUGUUGAGUUGUCACUUGAGUCAUCUCAUAAUAGCCAGUCUCUUCGGGACUCUCUAUGGAUGUUCAGAGGCAAAGAUCUACUCGCAUGGAAUGACAUUCAUGACAUUCUCCAACAAGACACAGUGCCGGCACCACUCAACAUCCCCCUCGAUUUCUACCCAUUAUCUGUCAUAUUGAACAAAGGCAUUGUCCUAGGUGUGGAGUCAGAAAUGAUGCAACGGCGCGAUGUGACAUUUACUAGUCUCAAAUUUGCCAUUCGAACACAUCUUUUCCUACCAUAUUUCCUUCAAUACAGCUUAAUGAACAUUGGCACGUCUGCUGCACUGUCUCUCUGUCGCCAUUUCUCACACCUUUCCUAUUUCGCCCAUGCCCUGGAAAUUCUGCUACAUCACGUUCUUGACGAUGAGGUUGACAAUGAAAGCCGAGCAAAUAAGUCAGAUAGCCCAAUUGUCCGAGAGGGCCCACUUCUUCCUACCGUCAUCGGUUUUCUGCAAGCGUCGCUUCCCAUCAGAGACUAUCUUGAUAUCGUGGUGCAGUGUACUCGCAAGACAGAGCUUCGGUCAUGGCGGACUCUAUUCACAUAUCUCCCGCCACCCAAGGACCUAUUCGAGCAGGCUCUGAGGCUUGACUCGCUCAAGACGGCUGUUGGGUAUCUCCUCGUCUUGCAAGCCUUUGAGGAUGAGGACCAUGAACACGAUGGUCGCAUUGAAGAAUACGUUGUCCGUCUAAUCGGGUUGGCAUCUCAAAAAGGGGACUGGGAACUUUGUGCAGAAUUGGCUCGCUUCCUUAUCGCACUCGAUUCCUCGGGAGAAAUGCUGCAGCGCGCUAUUGGGCGAGUGGGCUUGCGCCCUGGCCCUAGACCUCCCAUCAAUGGUGGCAAUUCGGGAUUGGCUUCGAGAUCUGGAUCAGCUGCUAGUGUCAAAGGCCUAGGGCUCAGCCUGCCACUCCGUACCCCGUCCUGGUCCUCUCUUUCCCCAACAUCACCCCUGUCUCCGCAGCAGAGUGGGCGGGAUGGUGACGUAUCAGACGAAUACCCGCAUUCUGUGGACAGUCGAGACGACUCAUAA